AUGGCGGAGGCAGGAGAGAUGCUCCAGAUCCUUGAUCCUUUUGGUUACCCUUCUCUGCAUCUUCCUCCGCUCUGCAAUACCCUCUUUGAACGGGAGAAAAAGGAUGGUGUGAAUGGGACAUCGUUUUCUGAGGCCUACUUCAUGGGCCUGCGGUGUAGUUUCAUGACAUGUGUUUUCCGUCGGCUUACGUUUAUGAACCACAGAGUUCCGCCCAACCGGAGGUACCAGCCGACAGAGUACGAACACGCUGCUAACUGUGCCACCCACGCUUUCUGGAUUAUUCCAAGCAUCCUGGGCAGUUCCAUCCUUCAUAUCCUCUCUGACAACCAAUGGGAGACCAUCUCUGCAUGGAUCUACGGCUUUGGGCUGUCUGGACUGUUUAUUGUCUCCACCAUAUUCCACACCAUUUCUUGGAAGAAGAGGCAUUUAAGGACUGUAGAACAUUGCCUACACAUGUUUGACAGGAUGGUAAUCUACUUCUUCAUAGCAGCAUCCUAUGCCCCUUGGCUGAACCUGCGGGAAUUGGGCCCAUGGGCUUCCCACAUGCGCUGGAUCGUUUGGAUCAUGGCCUCCGUCGGGACCGUCUAUGUUUUCUUUUUCCACGAACGGUGAGGCUCCUGCCUCGGUGGUACGUUAGGGUUAUGCUGCUUCUCAAAUCACAUUGCCUUUCUUUCCUCCAGGUACAAGCUGGUGGAACUGGUGUGCUACGUGAUCAUGGGCUUCUUUCCUGCCGUGGUCAUUCUUUCCAUGCCCAACACAGAUGGCCUCUCAGAGCUGGUUGCCGGUGGUUUUUUCUACUGCCUGGGCACCGUCUUCUUCAAGAGUGAUGGACGCAUCCCCUUCGCUCACGCCAUCUGGCACCUCUUUGUGGCGCUUGGAGCCGCUACCCAUUAUUAUGCCAUUUGGAGGUACCUCUAUCGGCCGGACACUGUUGAGGCUAAAACCUCCAGGUAGACAGUUGCCUUAAGGAUUCAGAGACACGGAGA